AUGCCUACUCCGGAAGAAGUAAUUAUACCACCUUCACCACCAGUCGAACCUUCGUCGUCACGUGCCAGCUUCACUAGCUGUCCACCCGAGGAGGAGCGGGAACACUAUGCGCCGAGAGAGGAACGAUAUGAUGCUGCUGUGAACGAUGACGGUCAGAUCGAGGACGAGGGCGUCGUAGUGGUGGAAGAUGCACCCAUACCUGCGCAGCAACCUACGCCGGAGCCUGAAAUGCAACAUCGACCAAUAGAAGAGUCACAAACAGAAGUGCAUGAAAAGGGGGAACAUAUCGAGGAUGCCGGGAUCGAGGUUGACUCGCCAAGUGCUGCUGCAUCUCCAGAUGCUCCCAUUGAGAGCGAGACACGAUUGGCUCAAUCAAUGUCGCAUACCGCUAUAGCAUCGUCGGAUGAACCACUAUACCUCACCUUCCCAGAUGAGAAGCCAAGACGGCACAUCCCAACCACAACCUCUUUCCUUCGCCCGGGCUCCAAAUUCCGCGGCACGCAGCAAUCAGACCGUCAAGUCUACAGCGUCGACGUAGAGAUUAAAUCCGUCGACAUCUCCGCUUCUGUUCUGACGGGCUACCUCCGGAUACAAGGACUUACUGACGACCACCCAACCCUAACAACCUUCUUCGAAGGCGAGAUCAUCGGCUCCAAAUACCUCUUCAAAACCACUCACCCAUCAUGGGGCAGCAGCGAGAAAGUGGACCUCCAACACUGGGCACGCUUCCCAGCUUGGCGACCCCUAGCCAAACAAUCCAAGAACCCGAACUUCACACUUCGAAGCGGCGACAAGGCGUCUACCCAGGAACAUCUCUUCAUGCGGUGGAAGGAGUACUUUUUAGUGCCUGAUCAUCGAGUUAAGACGAUCACAGGGGCGAGUUUCGAGGGCUUCUAUUACAUUUGCUUCAACCAGUGUUCGGGUAAGGUCAGCGGGAUAUAUUAUCAUGCGAAGAGUGAGAAGUAUCAACAGUUGGAGCUGGAGCAUGUCGAGGAUAGGGGAUGUGUCGGGGCGAUGGAGUUCCGGUGA